AUGCAGAACACCUUUUACAAACAAUUGCACGAACUUUCGAAAUCAUUAUCAGUUCCAUAUUUGGAGUUAACCACCUUGGAGGUCCAGCUAAAAAUGCACAUCUUGGCUUUUGUCACAAUUAUUGCCCUCCUGGGCUCAAACGUUAACGCUGAAGUUAGCAACGCUUAUUUGCCACCCAAAGCCUCGUCUUCCAAUUCGUAUAACACCUACGCGGCGCCAUCUGUGUCCCACGCCAGCUUCGCACCAACGUCAUCCGCUGGUUUUUCGGGCGGUUUCGGCGGUAGUGGCGCUGCAUCCAGCGGUCAUGCUUCCUACGCCGCAUCCCCUUCGGCCUGGAGGGAUGGCGCUCAUGUUGCCGCUGCCUCGGCAAAAGCCUUCCGCUUACCGUUACAAAAUGUGCGGAAGAAAUUACAGCCAGCCGUCGCUGCACCCAACUGCAUUGUUAAUUUUGUUGUCGUUGUGCUCAUUCUGUUGCCGCCAUUUUUCGCACGCGCUUCAGAGUUCCACCAUUGCGGUGCCGAUCACUUCGAGUGCCGAGACGGAAGCUGCAUCUUACAGGAGAAGAUGUGUGAUGGACGUCAUGACUGUCUAGAUAGCUCGGACGAGCUCGAUUGUGAGAAGAAAAUGUGCCGCAAACCUAAUUGGUUCCAAUGUGCCAAACCCAAUGGCCCCUGCUUGUCAUCGGAACUGAUUUGCAAUGGUGUCGAGAACUGCCCUGGCGGCGAAGAUGAAUUGGACUGCGUCAGCUCGUCUUCAAGGUGGUCGUCGUCCUCGCUGUGGAUCAGCGGUGGCGCUGGCAGGGCAAGUUCAGCGAGCGCUGAUGUCGGCACGGGCGGCUGGCAUUCGUCAAAACGGAAUUGCAGCACUUUCGAGUACACCUGCCGCACGGAUAAGACUUGCAUACCUUUGGAUUUUAUGUGCGAUGGCAAGAGCGAUUGCCAUGAUCGUUCCGAUGAGGUGGAUGGUUGUGAGCGCGCCAGAACGAAUUGCAUUGGUUUCUUUUGCGACAAUAAAAAAUGUCUGGAGAGUAAAAAAUGGAUUUGCGAUGGUGUUGAUGAUUGCGGCGAUGGCAGUGAUGAACGGAAAUGUGGUUUCAAUUGCACACUGGAAGCGGGCCAGUUCUUGUGUCACGACAACUCCAGCUGCUUAUCAAUCGAUGCAGCUUGCAAUGGUAAGGCGGAGUGUGCGGAUGGUAGUGAUGAGUCACACCUAUGCACCACAACAACCAACAAUUGCAGCACAAAAGCAUGUCCGCCGGCGUCGAUAUGCAGAAUGUUACCCGAGUCGGGCGCGCAGUGUAUUUGUCCCAAAGGUUAUCGUAUGUCAGCGGUAGAGAAUGUUUGUAGAGAUAUCGACGAGUGUUCGGAGAUUUAUGGUCUGUGCUCGCAAGGUUGUACGAAUACGCGCGGUUCGUAUCGUUGUACCUGUGAUGAGGGCUAUAUACUAAAGGCUGAUAAUAGCACUUGUGAGGCAUAUGGCGGUGAUCCGCUUCUGCUCUACACCACUCAAAUGGCUGUGAUGGGCGUGCAUUUGCGUGAUAAGUUCGUCUAUGCAGUGGCAAAGAAUUUGACCAAAGUAAUUGGUGUCGCAUUCGAUGGGCAAAACAUCUAUUGGACGAACAUACAGAAUGAGGCGGAGAGCAUAGUAAAGGCAAAUGUUGAUGGGACCAACCAUGAAAUACUACUCACCUCAGGAUUGGAUGCACCAGAGGACUUGGCAGUAGAUUGGCUAACAGGCAACAUCUACUUCUCGGACAAUACCCUGCACCACAUCGCUGUUUGCUCCAAUGAUGGCCUCUUUUGCACUGUGCUCGUAACCAUGGAUGUACAUCAGCCGCGUGGCGUUGCGCUCUGGCCGCAGAGUGGUCAAAUGUUCUGGACGGAUUGGGGCGUGAAACCGAUGAUUGCGCGGGCAUCUAUGGAUGGCAGAAACUCGUUGCCAUUGGUUACCGACGACAUACACUGGCCGAAUGGUAUUGCCUUGGAUAUGCACAAUGAUCGCAUCUAUUGGGUUGAUGCCAAGUUGGCGACCAUGGAAAGCAUACGACCCGAUGGCACUGAUCGACGUCGCAUACUCGACGGUAUAAUGAAACAUCCCUACGGCUUAGCCAUCUUUGAAGAUAAUAUCUACUGGUCCGAUUGGGGCACAAAGAGUGUACAUAAGUGCAAUAAAUUCACGGGGAAGGGCCAUCAAGUAGUCACUAAAGAUCGCACCAUCUACGCUGUGCAUAUCUAUCACUCCGCUAAGCAGCCUAAGACUAAUCACGCGUGCAUGCGCAUGCGUUGUUCACACCUUUGUUUGCUCACCGAAAACAAUAGUUCCACUUGCGCUUGUCCUGAUGGCAUGCAGCUGGAUGCCUAUCGUUUGCGUUGCGUGAAGACACACAAAAAACAGCGACUCUUCAUUGCUAUAAAGAAUUCACUGCUCGAGAUGGAGCACACAAAGUUUGGGCGGCAUACCAUCCUGGAGACGCAUCAGCUGCCGCUUUACAUCAGCGAAAUGGCUUACAAUAAUGUAAAUGAAAAGGUGAUCAUUGCCGAUAAUGUGCAACGCACGAUCUUUCAGUACGAUAUGCUGACCAACAACAUAUCGGUGUUGGCACGCGAGAACAUCGGCAAUAUAACGGCCAUCGCAUUUGAUCACCUAGCGCACAAUGUUUACUGGACCGAUGCGGAACGGCAUGUGGUGGAGGUGUACUCCAUGCAGACGCGACAACGCGCUUUGGUCAACUUCUUCGCUGGGAUGGAGGUGCCAAUAGCGCUCGCUGUGAUACCAGAAGAUGGUGUAAUGUUUGUGGCGCUACGUACACGCAAGUACGUCCACAUAGACCAGCUACCACUUAGCGGCCGCGGACCACACUCGCACGCUUUUGAGGACGAGCUCGGCGAUGACGACAUCCGAUUUGUCACUGACUUCGAGAUGAAAACUCUUUACUGGUCCGAUAGCGAACUUGACCGCAUCUCCUUCACCGACUAUCGUAAUCUACACGAUUUCACUUUCCGUACACGCCUUAAGCGGCCGUACUCACUGGCACUGGUCGAAGACGAUAUCUUCUGGACGCAACUUCGUUCCUCCGCCAUACACUGGACGCACAAGAACAAUUUGGGCACAGUGAAGCGCGUAGAAAUACAAGUCGCGCAGCCAGCGUUCGCACACGCUUUACCCGCACGCAUUCCACUAUUGGCCAGCCAGCCAGUCUCCACCGAAGAUCAUCCCUGCCAGCAUGGAAAUGGUGGUUGUUCGCAUGUUUGUGUGACGGUUACAAAAUUAGUCAGCGCCUGUUUAUGCCCUGCGGGUCUAGUCUUUCGUGAUAUGACCAAUAGUACUUGCAUCGAAGCGAUAGACUGCGAGUUUCGUUGCCGUUCAGGUGAGUGUCUGACACAAUCGCGACGCUGCAAUGGUCGCAGAGACUGCCCCGAUGGUUCGGAUGAGUUGGGUUGCGAUCCGGCUAGCGUCAAGCUGCACAAAGUUGUGUGUGCUAUUGGCGAGUAUGCGUGUCACGAUGCAACACAGUGCGUAAAAAUGGAGCAGCGCUGCGAUGAAAAGAAGAAUUGUCGCGAUGGCUCGGAUGAGACACACUGUGAGAAAUUUGAUAAGGACAAGCGCUGUCACAUGCAUCAACAUGCCUGCGACAAUGGCAACUGUGUGGAUUUGAGUGUAUUGUGUGAUGGCGCAGAUGAUUGCGGUGAUCGCUCGGAUGAGGCCAAUUGUAAAUCGAAUCAUGAUCAGCAGACGGCGGAUAUGCCUGUUUGUGCAUCGGACAUGUUCCAGUGCAACACAGGUACUUGCAUUGCACAGAGCUGGGAAUGCGAUGGAAAAUUGGAUUGUACGGAUGCCUCGGACGAACACGAAAAAUGCGGCCUUAAGGAAUGCCCAACCGACAUGCACAAAUGUAUGCUUGGUCAGUGCAUUGAUCGACGUCUGGUCUGUGAUGGACACAAUGACUGCGGUGACUACUCGGACGAGCUGAAUUGCGACUUCGCUACAGGAAAACAAAGAAAUCUGACUUGUGGCUCAGCCGAAAACCCUAUGUAUCGGUGUCCUAGUGAUGCCAGCAUAUGUCUGGAGUUGGGCGCACGUUGUAAUGGCACCACAGAGUGUCCGCGCGGCGAGGAUGAGGAAAAGUGUGGCACGGUUUGUAGCAUCUACGAGUUUCAGUGCAAGUCUACUAAAGAAUGUAUACGCAUGGAAUUUCGUUGUGAUCGCGACAAGGAUUGCGCUGACGGUUCUGAUGAACUGAACUGUGAACAUUACAAAAAUUCAACCACGGUCGGUAUGAUGACAACCAAGCUGAAUGAACGGCCUUGCGGACCGAACAUGUUCGAUUGCAAAGAUGGACAGUGUGUGGAAAUGUCGCGUGUGUGUAAUAAUUUCGAUGACUGUGAUACGGGCGCUGAUGAGGGACCUCUCUGCGAUACUGCCUGCAGCGGUUUAUCGAAUAGACCAUUUUGUACGCACAAAUGCCGUCCAACACCUAUGGGUGCGGUUUGCUCAUGCUUUCCAGGCUAUCGCUUGGACGUGGAUCAUCGCACUUGUAUCGACGUGAACGAGUGCGAGGAAAGUGAACCAUGUGCGCAACUUUGUGAGAACACACAUGGUUCGUAUCGCUGCAAGUGCUAUCCGGACUUUAUGUUGCGUCCCGACAAGACCACCUGCAAAUCGAUUGAAAGUCAGUCGACACUAAUGUUCUCCACCUACAAUGAAGUGCGCAGCAUGACAGAGCAGCCAAUCACUUUGCGAGUCGCUUGGUCGGUAAAUGACUCAAAGAUCUCGGGCUUCGAUUUGAACGUGCACAAACGAAUGGCUUACUUUACCACCGAUGUGGAGGAUGUGUUAUACAAAGUGGACAUGGAUAAGGGCGAGGUGAAGUCUGGGCUGUGGGUGCAGACCCCCACAAAGGUGGCGGUAGAUUGGAUCACAGACAAUGUCUAUGUCAUUACGCGCGCUGGGCAGUACGGCAUCAAGGUGUGCUCGUUUGAGGCAAGGAUGUGUGGCCUGAUAGUUCAAGCCAACCCGCGCGAAACUAUACGCGCAUUGGCUGUAGACGCACUCAGUCGUCGGCUCUUUUAUGCCACCGUGCGCGCAGAAAGCUUUAAUGAACCUAUUACCGAGAUCAACACGGCCCACUUGGAUGGCAAGAAACAUGUGACACUGCUACUAAAGCGCGGCGGUUAUAUCACCGCCUUAGCCUGCGAUCCUUACAAGCGUGAACUCUACUUUGUGGACAUGCACACAAAAACACUGCAAGUAUUUGAUUAUCGCCCGAGCAGUUCGGGUGUGCCGCGCACUAUUAUACAAAAGGGUAAUGUAGUUAUGCAUCCAUCUGGGCUCACCAUCUAUGAGAAUCAAGCGUUUAUUGUGAACAUCGGCUCCAAGGAGGCAGUGCACUGUCAGCUUUUUGGCGCACACACCUGCAAAGCCUUCAACUUGAACAUACUCAACGCCGAAGAUGUUGUGGUAGACGGCGCAACGCGACAACCACACGCCACUAACCCUUGUGACAUGGCCAAGUGUCAUGGUAUGUGUGUGCAGGCCGAUUACGGUUAUGAGUGUAUGUGUGGCGAUGCUUUUGUUGGUGAAAAUGUACGCUGUCCGAAAGAAGCAACUAAUGAGAUACUGUCCAGUGCUUUGCUUAACGAUGAGGGGUACUCGGACCACCAUGAGUCGACUCCACAUGCUGCGGUUACAAUUAUUUUGAUUUUGUUGCUCUUAGCUAUGCUUUGCACCGGCGUUGGGUACUUGUACUAUCGUCGCGUCUCUCAGGGUCAUCGUGAUUUCAAUAUCAACCUGCAUUUCCAGAAUCCAUUAUCUGCAUUCACCAGCGUCGGUGUCGGCGGCGGUAAAUUUGCAGGCAGCAUGCAGCAGCAGAGCGGCAUCAGCAGCACAACCGCCUCUUUUGACGGAGACACACACAGCAACGGCGGCAGCGGAGGUACCGAGAAAAAGCAAUAUAUUUCGCCGAUUUAUAGAUUCUUGCGAAAUUCCAGAAACGACUCGCUUUCGGGUGCGGAGAUUCUUCUCGAGGCGUCAGCGCCACCCGACGAAACAGACGGGUUGGCGACAUCUCAACGAGCAGCCCGCAGUGCCCUGGUGGAGACAGAAUCUUUUUACACCGCCGCUGAUACAAUCCGAGUUUCACAUGAUGAUGAUGGCGCAAGAGCGAAACAUGUCGCCUAGAUAAGGAAAUCACUUUUUCACUUCUUACAUACAAAUAUUCGCAUACAUAGUAUAUCUUUGAUUAAUUAAUUUUGUAAUCAUUUGUAGUUUUGCAUGUUUCAUGUUGUCAUUUAUGGUAGUUAUUUGUAUUUAUUAUCUACUGUAAAAAAGGUAUUAGUGUAUAUAAAAAGAAAUCAUAAGUCAGC